UUGAACGUACGUUACGUCACAGGGAAUUUCCAGUAAGGAAGUUAAGUUGUCUAUAUUCAAACGGCGCUGUUCAUCUCGCCAUGAUUUAUAGUGAUCGGUCGUGACCGGCCAAUAAAACCGAGUGAUCGAUCGGUCUUUUAUUAACGUUACCUGAGCGGAUCUUCCGCAUAUCUACAUCCAGCUGACUCGACCCUCUCAACCCUGCUUUCAUCUGGCUUACAUGAGUUCACUCCAGCGCAACAUGGCCAAAUAAACAGAAAUCUCCACUCGGAAUCCCAGACGGCUGUUUGAUGUUGAUCCUGAACCUUGGAUAUUUUUCAGGAAAGGAAUCAUGGCUGGAGAGGACCCCUACCUCCCGCCUCAUGCAGGGUACUUGGAUCCAUUGGAUGCAUUCAGAGAGGACACGAUGUGGAUGCCCAUGGACCCUACAUUUCAGCCCAUGCAACACAGUAAUGCUUUAAGGGCAGUCGACGCACCUUAUCUGCAAAUUGUCGAACAACCGAAACAGAGGGGCUUUAGGUUCCGGUAUGGAUGUGAGGGCCCCUCCCAUGGAGGACUCCCAGGGGCCUCCAGCGAGAAGAACAGGAAGUCCUACCCACAAGUUAAGAUCUGUAACUACCAGGGUGCAGCACGAGUUGUAGUUCAGUUGGUGACCAACACUCAGGAGCCACAUCUUCAUGCUCACAGUCUGGUGGGCAAACAGUGUGACAAGGGAAUCUGCAUUGCCGACCUGCAACCUAAAGACUCAAGCAUCAGUUUUCCUAACCUGGGCAUUUUGCACGUGACAAAGAAGAAUGUUAGUAAAAUUCUUGAGGAGAGGAUGGUCGAGGCCUACAGGAUGGGAUAUAACUGCGGCGUAUACAUUCAUCCUGACAUUGAUAACCUACAGGGAGAGGUCCGCAUGCCCAGAGAACUCACAGAUCAUGAAAGGAGCCUGAUAUGCAGUACGGCCACCCAACAAUCAAAGGAGAUGGAUCUGAGCGUGGUGCGCCUGAUGUUCACGGCAUUCCUGCCCGACAGCGAUGGAGGCUUCUCCCGCAGACUGGACCCGGUCAUAUCCGAACCAAUCUUUGACAGCAAGGCCCCAAACGCCUCCAAUCUGAAGAUAGUACGAAUGGACCGGACCGCCGGCUGUGUCACAGGAGGAGAGGAGGUCUAUCUGCUGUGUGACAAAGUCCAGAAAGAUGACAUUCAGGUGAGGUUUUAUGAGGACGAUGAUACGGGUUCGAUCUGGGAAGCCUAUGGAGAUUUCUCACCCACUGACGUGCACAGACAGUUUGCCAUUGUCUUUAAGACGCCUAAAUAUCGAGACCAGAACCUUCAGAAGCCCAUUUCUGUGUUUGUACAGCUUAAGCGAAAAUCGGACAAUGAAACGAGCGAACCCAAGCCGUUUACCUACCACCCACAGAUCAUAGAUAAAGAAGAAGUCCAGAGAAAGAGACAAAAGACCCUUCCUCACUUUCCGGACUACAGUGGAGCGGGGGGCGGAGCUGGGGGCAUGUUCAGAGGAGGGGGCGGGCCUACUACAGGUAGCGGCCCCAGUGGAGGAGGUAGUGGAGGACAUUUCUAUCAGGGUUAUCAAACCUAUAACAAUUACGGGUCUGGAUACAACUUCUCUCCUGGAAUGGGAGGAGCUGGUACCAGCAUCAAACAGUCAUCUCAAGAACCUGUUGAAGACAGCGAUGAAGACAGUAGCGGUGAUAAUGAUGAUUAUCCAGCAGCAGGUGGUGUGAUGCGAAUCUGUGGCCAACCUGAAUCUGUUAAGAGUGAAAAUACAGAGCCUAUUGAAUAUCUAGAGUCAGAUAUGACGGAUUGUGUGAUUGACCCACAUUUGGCAGAACUUGCAAAGAAACAGGCUGAAGCUCUUUUUUAUUACGCACUGAGCGGUGACCCUAGAAUGCUGCUGGCUCCACAGCGCCCCCUCAUGACCACACAGGACGAGAACGGGGACACAGGUUUGCAUCUAGGGGUGAUUCACAGUCAAACAGAUGCCGUGAGAAAUUUAGCACAGAUCAUCUUUGUUCUUCCUGGAGAGGAUGUGCUGAAUAUGAGAAAUGAUCUGUACCAGACUCCUUUGCACCUUGCGGUGGUGACGCAGCAGAAAGAAGUGGUGGAGGCCUUACUUGAAGCCGACGUGGACGUUACGCUCGCAGAUCGUAAUGGAAACACGGCACUUCACCUGGCAGCUCAGCACAAGGAUGGGAGCGUGCUACGAUUGCUGCUGAAGCACAACUCGGCAGCGAGGUUAACUGGCGUUCAUAACACUGCAGGUCUCUGCCCACUUCACCUGGCUGUUCGGGCCAACAGCUUGGGUUGUAUGAGGGCCCUGCUGGAGGCCGGGGUGGACGCGGAGGUACAGGAGCUCACGUGUGGCCGCACGGCGCUUCACCUGGCCACGGAAAUGGAAAACCUUUCUCUCGCAGGCUGUUUGCUGCUGGAGGGUAAUGCAAAUGUAGACAGCGUCACGUAUAACGGAUCCACCCCUCUGCACAUUGCCGCAGGGCGAGGUUCAACCAAACUGACGGCACUUCUCAUGGCUGCAGGCGCUGAUCCACAUAAAGAGAACUUUGAGCCGCUGUUCUUCAAAGAUGAUGAGACGUGUACUACAUGUGAUGAUGAUGAUGAGGAAGAUGAAGGCUAUAUUCCCGGGACGACCCCUCUAAACAUGGCAGCCUCCCUAGAGGUGUAUGAUAUUCUUAACGGAGAAGAGUAUCAACCCACCACUGUUGUUGUUCCACCACAAGGUGACAUGAGCAGCCUGAGUUGUGAAACGAAGCAGGACCUCUGCCAGGCGCUGGAGGAGCAGACGGGAGGCUGGGAGAGUUUGGCUCAUGCUCUCGGUCUGGGCAUUCUCACCAGUGCAUUUAAACUCAGCUCCUGCCCGGCUGGAAAGCUGCUGGACAGCUAUGAGGUGUCCGGGGGAACGGUUCAUGAUCUGAUUGAGGGACUCAAGCAGGUUGGGAACAGCUGUGCUGUAAGUUUACUGCAGGCCGUGUGUAAGGAGGCUGAAACCACAUCACCUCAGCUCACAGGUCCAGAGCUGUGUAAGGCCAUUCAGGGUUUGACAUUGGGCUCUCAGCGGGAGGAGAGUGGGAUAUGUGACAGCGGAGUUGAGACGUCUUUCUAAAACCUUAACCGAAGUCUUGCUGACUCAGUUCGUCUCUGAAUCCGGGCCUGGGGAACCAAACAAACUGAGGCUUGACCCCAUGAAGACCAGCUUUGUCCUCACUACAGCAGCAUUGCCAGUCAACCUCAGGACACGCCCCC